AUGUCUACCAUCACUUCCGUCGAACUCAAUUAUCUCGUCUUUCGUUACCUUCACGAAUCAGGUUUCAUACAUGCUGCUUUUGCAUUUGGAAAUGAGGCUGGUAUUAACAAAAGCUCCAUUGAUGGAACUCUGGUACCACUAGGUGCUCUUAUUAGACUUGUUCAGAAAGGGCUACAAUACUUGGAAAUGGAAGCCAACUUGAGUAAUUGUGAUGUAGACCUGGAUGAAGAUUUUUCGUUCUUACAACCUUUGGAUCUUAUCACGAAAGAUGUGCAUGAACUUGGGAAAAUGGUUAAUGAAAGAAGGAAAAAACUGAAGAAGGAUAGAAAUAAGGAAUCUGAAAAGGAGCAUGAAGGUGGGCGAGGCUUGGUAAAAGGAAAGGACAGACAUGAAAGGGUGAAAGAAUGUGAAAAAGAUGGAGAACGGCCAGAAAAUCGUAAAGAGCUGGAACAGCAGCAUGGCAAUCAGACCUGUAAAGAAAUGGUCACAGAUCAAGAAGAUAUGGUUACUGUAAUGCGUGAAGAUAAUGAAGCUUUUAGAGGACCAGAGCCGAUGGACAUCUCUACAGUAUUAACAUCACAAACUAAUGAAAUCUCUAGGUCUGACGUGAUUGUUUUGGAAGGUCAUACUUCUGAGGUGUGUGCUUGUGCAUGGAGUCCAACAGGAUCUCUUCUAGCAUCAGGGUCUGGGGAUUCAACAGCUCGUAUUUGGAAAAUAGCAGAAGGGAGAUGCAAACCUGCUUUGCUGAAUGACCCUCCAAAUGUAUUGGUGUUGAAGCAUGCUAGGGGUAAACCGAAUGAGAAGAGUAAUGAUGUCACUACACUUGAUUGGAAUGGGGAGGGGACACUACUGGCUACUGGUUCAUAUGAUGGGCAAGCAAGAAUUUGGACCACUGAUGGUGAAGUGAGAAGUACUUUAAGCAAACACAAGGGACCCAUAUUCUCUUUGAAGUGGAAUAAGAGAGGUGAUUAUCUUCUCACGGGAAGUUGUGACCAAACUGCAAUUGUGUGGGAUGUGAAAGCUGUGAAAUGGAAGCAACAAUUUGAAUUUCAUUCAGGUUGGACACUUGAUGUUGACUGGCGCAACAAUGUGUCAUUUGCAACAAGCUCAACUGACACUAAAAUACAUGUAUGCAAGAUUGGUGAAAACCUCCCAAUUAAAACUUUUGUUGGGCAUCAGAGUGAAGUUAAUUGUAUCAAAUGGGAUCCCACGGGUUCAUUAUUGGCCUCGUGUUCUGAUGAUAUGACUGCAAAGAUAUGGAGUAUGAAACAUGAUAAAUAUCUUCAUGAUUUUAGGGAGCAUUCCAAGGAGAUAUAUACUAUCAGAUGGAGCCCAACUGGUCCUGCUACAAAUAACCCUAAUAGAAGUUUGGUGUUGGCUAGUGCAUCAUUUGAUUCAACGGUAAAGCUAUGGGAUGUGGAGCUUGGGAAACUUCUCUACAGCUUGGAUGGACACAGAGAUCGUGUAUAUUCUCUUGCAUUCAGUCCCAACGGUGAGUAUUUAGCCAGUGGGUCUCCUGACAAAUCGAUGCUCAUAUGGUCCUUGAAGGAAGGCAAGAUCGUUAAAACCUACACUGGCGAUGGAGGCAUUUUUGAGGUCUGUUGGAAUAAGGAGGGUGACAAGAUCGCAGCAUGUUUUGCCAAUAAUACAGUCUGCGUUUUGGAUUUCAGAAUGUAA